AUCAUUUAAAUUGUAAAGAAAGAAUAAAGAUGAUUCAAUCACAUAUCAUGAGUGUAUUACCUAGAAGAUUGAUUGCUAAUCUAUGGGCAAGUCAAGAAACAAGAAUAUCAUUAUCUCAUUUGGCUGUUGCAUCUAAACAAAAAAUCAAUUAUCAACAACAUGAUGUACCUAUUGCCACUUCACCUUCAUUUUUAUGUUCAGAAUUACCCAUACGAUAUACUCAUAUAUUACGCUUGUUAUCCUCCUUGAACUCCGACUCGUUACAAAACCCUGUGAUUCGCAAUGUUGCCCAUCGAUAUCUUAGUGAUAUAUGCACCAUGCUUCAUCCUUCUUUACGACAAACUUCACCUCGUGCGUUCAGUAACACCAUCCGGAAAUUAAGGCAACGACAAGCAUCUACAUUGAUCCGUCUUCGUUACGCGUUAGCUUCCUCUUCCACUGCCACAUCUCAUUCAAUUAUUGUGAUGGAUCAGAUCAACGCCGUUAGCCUGGGAAUUCAUUUCUUAUUGGAUCAACAUGUUUCUUGGCAUAGACAAACUGGAAACCAAGCUCAAGUGAUUUGUCCUAUAGACAUUGCUCAUCAAGCUGUAACGGAUGCAAGAUCUAUGUGUGCUGAUACUUUUGGAGAAAGCAAUGUACCUCAAGUUUCCAUCAAGAAAAGUGGUUCUCAUCCCUUGGAAGUGAUCCAUGUACCUCAUAUGCUUCAUCGUAUUCUUUAUGAAACCACAUUACUUGGAUUACGGUCUCAUUAUACUCAACCUCAUCCUCAAGAAAAAACUUGGUGGCAACGUUUAUUCCCAUCAAGAAAACAACCAGCAUUACAACUCGAUGUAUUCGGUGGACCCACCAGUAUAGGAUUUCGACUGAAUAACUCGGCCAUGUUAUCUCACCAUGAUUUACAACAUGAUAUUCCAAGAGAUCCCAUGGGUGUACCUACCUGUGCCUCUGUUUUACGACAAGCAAGUCAUAGUGAGGAACAAGAAGAAGAAGAAAAUAUGGAAUGGUUCAUGUUGUCUGGUUGGCGUAUGGCAAAAACAAUGGCCUGUCAUUUUGGUGGUAAUCUAGAUGUCGUGUCGGCUGAAGGUUUAGGUUCCACCAUGUACCUUGCUUUGGAUCGUGAUAGUCAAUUAUUGGAACGGUACCCCUCUCAUCAUCAUCAACGCUCAACUCAUCUUUCUUUACAACGUGCUACUUCUCAACUCGAUGCCUUUUUAUAUGCUAUUGCUGAUCCAAAUACCUCCUUCCAAUAUACCUCUCCUGCCACUCAUCAUCAUGCGGUUUCUUUGACUGCUGCUGUUGGUCAUGCUUAGUCUCUCCUUUUGUUCUCUCUUAUAUAUAUAUAUUGACUUUUUUCUCUCUCCUUAUUUAUUGAUGUAUAUAUUACUCUUUAUUUAUUCUCCUUACCAUUUUAUGAUGUUUAAUAAACUAUGUUACUUUUAUUUUUUUUAUAUCUA